AACUGCAAGCUCAGGCUCCUGAGUCACUUAUCAACUUGCAAGUUGCAACUCGCCUUGUGGCCCUUGUCACUUGCUCCACGAUGGCUGUCCCGUGCCAUCUUCUGAAAGUGUGUGGCAACAUUGUCUUUGCCGCGCAGGGCAGUGACAUACACUCCUUCAGCUCCGAACUUGAGCACAUUUCAACAUGGAGGUACCCUGUGAAGCAGGGGGCCGAGUCUACGACCCCGGCCGCUGAGGUCCAAGAGUCGCCCGCGCCUGAAGAACCCCCCGCGAAGCGCAGGAAAGUGGGAGGUGGCCAGGAGCCGACCUCCAACGGUGGUGCGGCUGCUCCCACGGAUGGUCAGGUAAAGAGCAGAAAAGCCGCCCAGUACGACAACCCGGCCAAUGAGAGGCCCUUUGUCCAAGGGCUCUAUGCUACCGCGGAUGGCCGUCAUGUUGUUGCAAUCACCGGCUCCGACAAGACAAUCUGGGUCUUCGAGCACGACGGCGCAGGCAAGCUCAAGGAGCUGAGCCAGAGAGCCAUGCCCAAACGCCCUUGCUCCCUUGCUUUCACUGCCGACAACCGCACCAUCCUCUCGGCCAACAAAUUCGGCGAUGUCCACGCCCUUCCCUUGCUUCCCUCCCCCACCACCACCACCACAUCGGCCACCACUUCCUCCAGUCCUAACCCAACUACUGGCCUUCCCCUCUCGCGCAGUGCGACCCCCUCCACGCCAACAGCCACGGCUUUCAAGCCACAGGCGAACGAGCUCACAGUACACACCAAGCGCAACCUCAAAGCGCUCGAGAACCAAAAACGCAGCCUCAGCCGCAAAGCCUUCGAGGACCAGCAGCAGCAGCAACAACAGCAAGCCCCGCCGCCAUUCGAGCACGCCCUCCUGCUGGGCCACGUGUCCAUGCUGACGGCGAUCUGCGUCGGCACCGCUACCGUGGCCGUUCCCGCGGUGGCGGCGCAAGCUUCUGAGCCUGGCACCAGCAUCGGUAACGGCACCGGCAACGGCGCGGAAGCGGCCUCCGCACCGGCGAGGACGACGGUCAGGAGGGAGUACAUCAUCACGGCCGACCGCGACGAGCACAUCCGCGUGUCGCGCGGCAUGCCGCAGGCGCAUGUGAUUGAGGGCUUCUGCCUGGGCCACGAGGAGUUUGUGAGCCAGUUGUGCAUGGCGCCUGGCGGGCGGGAGGAGCUGCUCAUCUCGGGCGGCGGGGAUGACGAUUUGUUCAUUUGGGACUGGGUCAACGGGCGGCUGCUUGGUCGUUCUGGGGUGCUGGAGCAUGUGAAGAGAGUUGCGGGCGAGGACGUGGACAAGGUUGCGGUGACGCGGGUGUUCGGGUGCGGGUGGCAGGGGACGACGGCUGUCUUCGUUGUUGUUGAGCGUGUGCCUGCGCUCUUCCACUACGAACUUCUUGACGACAGCAGGCUUCAGCACCGCGAGACCAUUCCCCUGCGAGGGAAUCCCUUGGAUGUGGACAUCAUUGAAUCGCCUUCGGGAGGGCAACGGCUUCUGGUUGCUAUGGACCCUAGUGCCUCUGUCUCCAUUGAGGAGGGCAGUUCUUCGCUGGUCGUGCUCGACAAGCAAGAGACGGGUUGGAAACAGACCAACGUCGAGAACCUGCCGGCUUGUGAGGAUGCCAACAUCAGCGCGGACGAGCUGCAGAAGAUUCUGUAUAGCACGGAGAGCUUGCGGAAGCUCACGGAUUUCGACUGAGUGGGAGGGAGGGAAGGGGGACAGCAACCCAAUAUACUCCGGAAAGCAGCACCAUGUCUGGCCUUCGGCUUUGUGUUGGAGUUAGAGCAGAGCAGUAGAUGGUUGGAGACCGGCAGGUUCGCCUGCUGGUGAGGCUUUUCGGAACAUGCUUUCCUUCUACUCAUAUCCCUCUUCUCGUACGCGGGAUCCAACUGCCCAUUAGAAUAAACAACUUCCAUUUCAUCAAACUGCAUCUGGUGUUGAA